AUGAUCGCUCAAAGUACCAGAUUAGCCGCCGCCGCCUCCGCCUCCGUUGCCUCCGCAAGCGUCUCGAGAAUAGCCGCCGGCGCCAUUGCCAGCGCCGUUUUCAAGAGAUCUCCGGGCAACUCGUUCACGUCGUUCAAAGAGUACAGAGAGAAUGCCAAGACGUACGGACCCUUAAGCGCCUCGUUGGCCACCAGAAGACACUUGGCUCAUGCUCCCAAGUUGUAG